GCCCCAGCGCCGGCCUCGCCCCUCACUGGCCCGGUCUCACCCUGGCCCUGACCCGGCGCGUACACAAGUGCUGGCUCCGCCCCUGUGCUGGUACUGUCCUGGCGCGGGAUUUGAAGUGUAAUCCCGCCGGAGGUCGAGGAACCACGGACUUCCGCUGCGACUCGGCUGUUCUGAGUUAUUCCAUAGGUGGCAGAGCUUGAUCUGAGUGAACUCUGAAGUGGAAGAAUUCAGGAAAAAACAAAUUGAGACCUUCUAGGGAUGAUAUCAUUUACCAAUGACUUUGAGUUGUUGCAACAUUUUCUGGUAAAAUUCAAGACAAAGCCAUUGCUAUAGUUGAUCAAACGAAGAUUCAGAGAGUUUCAUUAACCUUUCCAUGGUCGUAACACUAUUAAAUGGAAGAGCCAGGGUCCAAGGAUUUCUGAUAACCAGCCCUAUUCUCAUUUUGUGGUAAAACUUUGUGCAAAGAAUAAAAUAUAAAGCAAAUAAGGACAUAAAUAUCAAGACAUGAGUUUUCAAAUUUUAUCAAACAAAACAUAUUCUAAACAAAUAAACUGAUGGCCUCUCUGUUUGUUUUAGUAGUAAUUGAUAGAAACUUACAUAGGAUAGAAUUUAUUCUCCCCAUGCUUCUGAACCAAUGAUGGGAAAAUGGGAAGCAAAACUGAAGCAAAUUGAAGAACGAGCAUCUUGCUAUGAGAGGAAACCAUUGUCCUCGGUGUAUAGACCAAGAUUAUCUAAGCCAGAAGACCCAUCCUCUGUAUGGAAGCUAUUUCAUCGACAAAAUCAAGCUUUUAAUUUUGUCAAAAGCUGUAAAGAGAAUGUACACGUAUUUGCUUUGGAAUGCAAAGUGGGAGAUGGACAACGUAUUUAUCUUGUAACAACCUAUGCUCAACUUUGGUUUUACUAUAAAUCCAGGAAACAUCUUUUGCACUGCUAUGAAGUCAUUCCUGAAAAUGCUGUGUGCAAGCUUUAUUUUGAUUUGGAAUUCAACAAACAUGCCAAUCCUGAAGCUGAUGGGAAAAAGAUGGUUGUAUUACUCAUAGAGCAUGUUUGUAAAGCACUUCAAGAAUUAUACAGUGUCAGUUGUUCAGCUGAAGAUGUUUUCAACUUAGAUUCUAGCACUGAUGAAAAAUUUAGCCGCCAUUUAAUAUUUCAACUCCAUGAUGUGGCAUUUAAAGAUAACAUUCAUGUUGGUAAUUUUGUGAGAAAAAUUUUGCAGCCUGCUCUACACUUAAUUUCCAGUGAAUAUGAUAAUAGGAUUCCAAACCCAGUGGGUCAUGAAUUUUCUCAUUUUCCUGAAACACCAUUAAAACAAGAAAUUUCCUUUAACCAAACAUCCCCAGAUAAGGAUAUAGCAAAGAGCUGGACUUUGAAUUCAGAGAUACCAGAGAGACUGGAGUCAGCUGAGCAAAGCAGUCCUGAUCUUUCAUUUUUAGUUGUGAAGAGUAAUACGGGAGAAGAGCAUCUUUUUGUGGAUCUAGGAGUUUAUACAAGAAACAGAAACUUUCGAUUAUAUAAAUCAUCAAAAAUAGGAAAGUGCGUGGCAUUGGAGGUUGCUGAAGAUAACAAAUUUUUUCCUAAACAGUCAAAAAAUAUUUCUGAAGAAAACCAGUAUUUCCUCUCUUCCUUGGUCAGCAACAUCAGAUUCUCAGAUUCUUUACGGAUUCUUACAUGUGACACAUCUCAGAAUAAACGAAAGCGAACUGAGCAUGUUAACAGUACCAGCAGUUCAGUAGAAACCAUCGAAGGCUUUCAAUGUUCACCCUACCCUGAAAUUGAUCGUUUUGUUCUUUCUUUGGUUACUAAAAAUGACACUAAAGGAGGAAUUCGGCGUUGGAACUACUUUUUCCCAGAAGAAUUACUGGUUUAUGAUAUUUGCAGAUAUCGCUGGUGUCAAAACAUUGGAAGAGCUCACAAGAGUAAUAAUAUCAUGUUGCCUAAUACACAUGUCCAAGAGUUCCUCAAAGUAUCUAUCCAAAGGAUUGUUGUUGAUCUGAAAAACGAAGUUUGGUAUCAAAAAUGUCAUGAUCCUGUUUGUAAGGCAGAAAACUUCAAAUCUGACUGCUUUCCAUUACCUGCUGAAGUAAGCCUCCUGUUUCUUUUCAAAGAGGAAGAGUUUACAGCAGAUGAAACUUGGAACAGUGAAGCCAAGAAUCCAGGUGCAUCUUCUGACACUGACUGGGAUAAUAGCACUGAUGAUGUGUACUUCUUACAAGCUACUGAAGAUGCAGAAUUAGCUGAAGCUGCAGAGAACAGUCUUCUCAGUUACACCAGUGCAGUGAAUGAAAUUCCUGAUGAACUUAUUAUAGAAGUAUUGCAAGAAUAGCUCACUAUCGACAACACUUAUAGAACCAGGCUAUACUGUGCCUCAAGUCUAUGAGAUUUGAUAACAAAAACUAAAUUAGGCCUAAGGGUAUGGCUCAGUGGUAGAGCACUUGCCUAGCAUGCACAAAGCCUGGUUCAGUCUCCAGCACCAACACAAAAAUUUUUUUUAAAUUAUAUUAACUUAUUAUUAAACCAGUCUAAGUUUUCACUUUGUUUUCCAAUUUUGUUUUUUCACUUAAGUAUACCAGUUUUAUUGAAAAUUAGCAUUGGUUUAAAUUCAACAGAAGUCUCCUUAUUAACUGUAACUUUACAAGUUUAUUUAUAAGCCAAAGAUCUUAUGCUUGAGGCUGAUUAAGUUGUCACCAUGUUGGAAUUUUUGGUACCGGGGAUCAAACUCAGGACCUUGUGCUUGUGAGACAGACACGGUGCCACUGAGCAAAAUCCCCCACCCAACAUGUUGGAAUUUGUUAAAACACUAAUCAGAAAAGAUGAUUAUGACUGCCAAAAGUAUUAAGAUAAUCAAACUGGAGUAAUUUAAUUUCAAUAACAGUCAUAUUAAAUACUGUUGACUAGGCUAUACUUAUUUUUGAAAAAGAUUUUUUAUUUACAAAAGCACAGUUUCAGAAGGUAAUGUGCAGCAGCCUGAGACAUCUUUAUGUGGGCACAUUUCAGUAGACCAGUUUUCUCAUUCUUGGUCAAGAAGCUUCUCUAAUUGACGGUUGAUAUUUUGCAAAUGGUUUUCAGCUCCCAAAAGGGUUCUUGCUUUAAAUAACAGAGCUGGAAGGCUGGAUGAAUCAUACUGUUGAUGAAAGAAAAUUAUUUAGAUUCACAAAUAGCAAAACUUUUAUCACCCUCUCAUUUGCAUACCUCAAGCUUAUAACCAAUGCCAUUUUUUUUUUUUUUUUGGUACCAGGGAUCAAACUCGGGACCUGGCACUUGUGAGGCAGGCGGCAGAACCACUGAGCUAAAUCCCCAGCCCCAGUGCCAAUUUUGAUAGAGCUUUCUAUUACUACUCUCUUCAGUUUUGAAUUACGAUUAUUAAGAAAAUUGGUUUAAUUUCCUUAGGACAUAAUUGAUACUAUAAAGCUUGCACUGAUCUCCUUAUGCUAGCAUGCCAGAUGGUUCAAAGAAUAGUGGAAUCUUAAUUCUUUAAAGCAGAAGAUCAUGUUUGGGACAAGUCAAGACUUGGUUUGGGCAAGUGCUUGCUAAUGCUAUGUGAGGUCUGCUUGAUCUCAUGUCUAUUUUAAAAAACAAAAAGCUGCAAGUCAUGUUUACUUUUACUGCAAGAACUGGUAGAAUAUAAAAGUUCAUCAUAAAAUUUCUAAAAUCCAUCAUCUAGAAAAAGUAUUGGGGGGUCAAUGCUGCCAAUCCAAAUUUUCUUAAUGAUUAAAAACAAUACAAACCCAAUAUAGAUAGAACAUAGCUCCAACUCAUGAUUUUGAAAUAAUUAAGAAAACCAAACUUUUCUAUUGCAAACUGUAUCUGAGGGUAAUUAAGUUCCCCUUAUAGAAUUUUAUCAUGCAGGAUGCCCCAGGUUCAAUUCUCAACACCAACAAAAAAAAAGUAUUGGUUGUACCAAAUUGAAUCAAGCUACUAUUAAUUUGACCACAUUUAGUAGCCAAAUUUUUUUUCCAAAUAAUAAGCUUUAGACUAUUUAGGUACAUCGAAACCUUUAAAAAUAUUCUAUUUCCAGAUGUCUAAUACAUGAACAAAUCUUCAGCUCAAGAAAACCAACUUACAUUAAGUGUUAAAAUAUAAAAUUGAUUUUGGGCCAGGGAUUUAGCUUAGUGGUGCCGCUGCCUGCCUUACAAGCACAAGGUCCUGAGUUCAAUCCCCAGUACCAAAAAAAAAAAAGGAAAAUUGAAUUUA